GUCGCGCGCGACGCGCGACAGUCGAGAAGAUGCGAGCAUGUGAGUAGGGAGUGAUGCGGUGAUAUGCGACUCGUGCGUGCGACAGAAGGUGUUCUCGAUCGUUCCGCGUGACGAGUUAAAGGGACGAUUUAAAACUAAUACAGGGCAUGUUUAACCCCAACGACCAUCGCCCUACAAAAUCAUAGAAAUCCUGGUAUUUUGUCCCAUUGGGACAGAAAUCCAAAGGGAAAAGAAGAAGAAGAAGAAGAAGAAAGGGACGGUGAGAGGCUGGGCAAAGCGCUCGUGACACGAUCAUUCGCUCGCGUUGUCGGCGUUUACCAGCGUUUACGGCGAUUAUGCAGUCUCGUUCGACGCGCUUGUGUCGCCGUACGUUCAGAUGAAGAAGCCCGAAUUUCGUUUCUUGACAUCUCAAUUCGACGAUCGGAAUGGUUUCUCUGACGCGAAUCUCUUUCGUCGCGCUUCUCUAUGUUUUUUCAGCGGUUCUGACGCAUACGGCAGGGUCGCGCGUACUCGAGCUGAGCGAUAGAUUUCUGGAUGCACAUAAAGAUGGACAAUGGCUAGUUAUGAUGUAUGCACCAUGGUGUGCACAUUGCAAAAGAUUGGAACCAAUUUGGUCUCAUGUUGCUCAACACUUGCAUGCAACGGCCAUACGAGUGGGACGAGUAGACUGCACUAGAUUUACCAGUAUAACGAGUGCGUUCAAAAUUAAGGGAUUUCCCACAAUUUUAUUUUUAAAGGGUGAUCAGAAAUAUGUAUAUGAAGGCGACAGAACUAGAGACGAAAUAGUGAAAUUCGCUUUAAGAUUAAGCGGUCCUCCUGUGCAGGAAAUAACGAAAACACAGAGUUUUGACAUCUUAAAAAAGGAACGCGAUCUAUAUUUCUUAUACGUAGGAGACAAAUCUGGAUUCUUAUGGGAGCUUUAUUAUAAGACUGCGAAUGUAUUUCAAGCCCAUGCAUUUUUCUAUCAAUCUCAUCCGAGCGUUGUGAGUAAACAUGCACCUGUAGAUAAUAUUCCAGCAUUAUUUGUGUAUAAAGAAAAUAUGCAUUAUAAUUUCACUGGACACAACUUGAGCGAUAAAGAACAAAUAAACGAGACGCUUUACAAGUGGAUAAACGCAGAGCGUUUCCCAACGUUCCCGAAAGUAACAAGAGGAAAUAUAAAUCAAUUAUUCCUAACAAAUAAAAAUCUUGUUUUGGCGGUAGUGGAAGAAAAUCAACUGGAAGAGGUUGCACCUGAUAUGCUGGAAUUCCGAGAUAUGGUUGAAUCUGUGAUCAAGGAUAAACGAAAUAAGUAUCACGAUCAUUUUCAGUUUGGAUGGAUAGGUAGUCCCAAUCUAGUCAACAGCAUAGCAAUGAUGACGUUACCUAUACCGAGCUUACUUGUGAUAAAUACAACUACCAAUCACCAUCAUAUUCCCGAGGAUGAAACAGAAAAACUGACUCCAUACGUGAUAGAGUUGUUCCUAGAGCAGAUUCGCAACGACAGUGCUCCGCGAUAUGGCGGGAACAAUUGGUUAGUACGUAGUUACAGAAAAUGGUUUGAAAUGAAAACUGUUUUGAUUUCAAUGUGGAAGGGUAAUCCUAUUUUGAUGAUGGUACUGCUUGGAUUACCGUUUGGAUUUUUGUCGUUGAUAUGUUAUGGCAUUUGUUGCCCAGAUUUGUUGGAUGCAAACGACGAUGAAGAUGAGAAUACUGGGACUUAUCAUAUGAAGAACGAUUAAGAAUAAUUGUUAUUAAUAGGUUUACUAUACAGAAUUCAAAAAUACAUUUUUUCAUUAUGUAUAGUGUAUAUAAACACUUAUGACCGUAUCUGUAAUAUGUUCUUAACAAAAAUUUGCCAAAGCAGAUUUAAGAUUGCGAGAAUUUUUAUACAGCUACCUAUAUAUUUUCGACAUUCCAUAUAUUUUAUUUUGAUCCAUCUCGUAUACACGACUAAUUUCUUUUACGUAUUGUACAUAAAAAAAGUGUAUCUCUCGAGACAAUAUGACUUACCGAGUUAAACGAAUAUGUACACACUUGGAAAAUUAAUACAAUCUUUAACAAAAGAGAAUGUAAUAUAUAAGAAAAAUUUGUAUAUUAAACAUGAUUGUUUACAUAGUUUGUAAUAUCGUAUUGAACAUUAAAUUAAACAUUGGUUUUUGUAUAUGUACGGAUAAAAUAAUAUUUAGCAUUACGUAAGUUUGUGCGGUAUUGUUGUAUCGUGUAGACUGCAAGUGUGAUUGCGAUUUCUUUUUUAGGAUGAAAAUAAUUGUAUGUUUGCCGAAUGUAUUUAUAUGUAUAAAAAAAAACUUAAAGAGUAAA